GGGGGCCGGAGAGGUUGCUAAUGCAGACGACCGGAUGAGUCUCUCUCUCCCGUCUCGUCCUGCUUCAACACGGACCCUGGCAGGGCGGCCCCGACGCUACCAUUCAUUGCAGAGCUCGCUGCAUUCAAGCCCUCCCUCAUCACCCUCGUUCCGUGUCUUUGCCUCCCCCUCCCCUUCCCCUUUCCCCGCCUGACAUCGCGGCUCGUCACGGCCCCAGACUCAUCAAUAACCGUGCACAACGGCUUAAAUACGAACACACUCCCCCCGGAACUUCGUACAUCUCAUCGGCUUCAGUGUGUCCAUCGCCAGCUAGCCGCAACCUCGUGCUCGCCGUCAGUCGCCAUGCGGUAGGGGAGCUGGUCGUCGCCACCGCGUUCCCCAAGUCCUGUUAUCCUCAUACUGCUGUCCCGAACCCUCACGUACCGCUCAUCCAACCCUACCCGGACCGACCCUCAUGGCUCGCCGCAGUGAUGAUAGCCCAGGGGCCAUCGGUGCCGCCGGCAUCCAGCCUGGGACCGACGACGGCAACCACGAAUCCUCAUCGGACCCCUCCAAGACGCACCGCACCAUUAUCGAGCAUGCGCGCGCCGCCGCCUCCAAGGAGCAGUCCAUGACACUCUGGCAGGGACUGAAGCUGUAUCCCAAGGCCGUCGGCUGGAGCCUGCUCAUCUCUACCUGCAUUGCCAUGGAAGGGUACGACAUUAGUCUUGUCAACAACUUCUAUGCCUUCCCCCAGUUCAACCGCAAGUACGGCGUGCGCCUCGCCGACGGCACCUACGAAGUCCCCGCACCGUGGCAGGCCGGCCUCAGUAAUGGUGCCACUGUUGGCGAAAUCAUCGGCCUCUUCAUCAACGGCUUCGUUUCGGAGCGCUUCGGUUACCGCUACACCGUCAUGGCUUGUCUCGUUCUCGUCGCCGCCUUCACCACCAUUUUUUUCACAGCACCCAACGUCCAGACCCUCCUGGUCGCCGAGAUCCUAUGCGGCAUCCCUUGGGGCAUCUUCCAGACUCUGACCGUCACCUAUGCCUCCGAGGUAUGCCCCAUUGCCCUCCGAGGCUACCUCACCACCUACGUCAACUUCUGCUGGGGCCUGGGUCAGGAGAUUGGCAUCGGCGUAAUCCGCGCCAUGCUCGACCGCGAAGACGAGUGGGCCUACCGCAUCCCCUACGCUCUGCAGUGGAUGUGGCCGCUGCCACUCUUCAUCGGCAUCUAUUUCGCCCCCGAGUCCCCAUGGUGGCUGGUGCGGAGGGGCAAGACGCAAGAGGCCAAGAAGUCGCUCCUUCGACUGACGAGCCUCGACCGCGAGACUGACUUUGACGCCGAUGAGACGGUGGCCAUGAUGGUCCACACAACAGCCCUGGAGGAGAAGAUCACGGCCGGUUCGACGUACUGGGACUGCUUCAAGGGCGCCGAUCUGCGCCGAACAGAAAUCGUGUGCAUGACUUGGGCAAUACAGAACCUCAGCGGCAACUCCUUCUCCAACUACUCGACGUAUUUUCUGAAGCAGGCUGGGCUUUCCGAAGACAAGUCGUACUCGUUCGCGCUUGGACAGUAUGCCAUCAACAUGGUCGGCGUCUUCGGAGCGUGGGGCCUCAUGACGCUGGGCAUUGGUCGCAGGUCUCUGUACCUCUAUGGGCUGUGCGGUCUCUGUGCCAUGCUCUUCAUUCUGGGUUUCCUGGGCCUCGUCCCGGAGGAGCAUAGAACACAAGGGUCGCUUGCUACGGGAAGCAUCAUGAUUGUGUGGGCUCUUUUCUACCAGUUGACUGUGGGCACGGUCUGUUACUCGCUGGUGAGCGAGCUCUCUUCGCGCCGCCUUCAGAUCAAGACCGUUGUGUUGGGACGGAAUCUCUAGUAUGCAGACCCUGUUCUUGUGCGACGUUCGUUUUGGGUACAGCAAGCUGACCAAUCGUCCAGCAAUGUGGUUGGCAUCAUUACCAAUGUCUUGACGCCGUACAUGCUCAACCCCAGCGCAUGGAACUGGCGCAAUUAUACGGGCUUCUUCUGGGCCGGCAUCUGCUUCUUGUGCAUCAUCUACACAUACUUCCGCCUGCCAGAGCCACGAGGCCGCACCUUUGCGGAGCUCGACGUCUUAUUCGAGAAGGGCGUGAGCGCACGCAAGUUUGCGUCUACCGAGGUGGACGUCUUCCACGAAGUUGUCGAGGAGAAGGUGAUGAACCAGUACGAGGACAUUGUCGACGCAACGGCCAAAGGCCCCAAGUUUGCCUAGUGUGGGACGUGAAUGUCCAUAAUUGGAACUUGCCAAGGCCGGUACCGAAUCUGAAUGAUUGUAUGACAAAGACCGGAAAUGUACAUUGCGCAGAAAUUGCUUCUUGACGUAUACUAUAGCACAAGUUCAAGCCAGC